UACUAGAUAUUGAUUCUGUUAGUACAUUUACUAUGCUCCUUGAAGCACUUAACUAUAUCAAGAAGGGGGGACCAGGGAAGAUUUCAACUUCUAGUGGACUGAUAUUGAACAUCAGUGAUACUUUGCAUUACACUACAUCUUGGUAUCAAAUCUAUGUAGCUGUUCCUAAGGCUGUUAUUGAUCUAGUCACUAGAUAUUUAGCUCUAGAGUGGGGCAUAGACUAUGAUAUUAAGGUAAAUAGUAUUGCUCAAAGCAGCAUAGGUGACACUGCUAGCAUGCAUAAACUUGGACUGAAGGAGAUAAGCAAUAAGAGCAGAGAAUACAUGCCUCUGUACAAACUUAGGGAGAAAUAUGAUAUUGCCAUGGCUGCUCUGUACCUUGCGUCAGAUGCUGGUUGGUGGCCUGAUGCUUUUUAG